AUGGAAAACCAUUUUUCAACAAAGCCAAUCAUUGACCAAUUAAUGGAUCUGCUCUCACUGACUGCCGAUGAAAUUUUACGAUUAUACAAAGUGAACGAUACUGAUGAAUUGGUAGAAUUCUUCCAUAGCACCAAACGCGACUAUUCUCUCAAGAUUCACAAAACUGUCAAUUUGCAUCAAAAAAAAGAAGAAUUAAAGGCUGAAAUUGAAGAAAAGAAGCAAGAACUUGAAGAGCGUGCUCAUAUCAAGUUGAGACAAAAUACAAUGGAAUCGGAAAAAACUGUGGAUAGUGGACCAGCUAUAGUCUUGCCAGAAGGUGCCAUUGAACUUAAUUCAAAUGUCUUUUUAGAACUUAAGGUCAUUCAAGAAGAAGUAGAAACUCUACCAGAAAGUACUCGACGUCCCAUUUUUGCACUUCCUGAUCCAGAUUUAUCGGAUGAAAUUGGACAAGGAACUUCGGCUACUUGGGUUGAAUUAUUCAGUGAUGUGUUCUAUGUGGGUUGGUUAAGUUCUUUUACUCAUGCUCAUCAUAUGGUGGAUUCUUCGUCUCUGUCAAUCUAUGUAGGUUGGUUUGUAGUCAUGUGGUGGACUUGGUGUUCUAAUGUUAUGCAUCAUAUUUACAAGAUCAUUGAUCUUUGUGGUUUAAUUGGUAUGGCUGGUGCUUCUGAUGGUUAUGAAACUUCUUCUGCCAAAGGUUUUAUUAUUGGUUAUAUGGUUAUGAAGGCUGUCUUGUUGAUUCAAUAUAGAGUCGUUCUAUGGGCUGCUACACUCUCUGGAUCUUUUGCGCGUCGUCCACUUUCCAUCUAUGUUGCUGUCAAUGCUCUAGCUAUUAUUCUUUGGGGUGUCUCCCUUUUGUUUCUGGAAUCUGGUUCUUCAGCUGAUGAUGAAGCAAAACAUAAAACGAUUCGUCUUGCUCUUUGGUAUGUUAGUAUUGUUAUCGAAGUAUUGGUCAAUAUGUCUUUACAACGCUUCAAACAAGUCUCAUUGGCUGCAAGUCAUUUGGCUGAACGAUUUGGUCUCUUUACUAUUAUUAUUCUUGGUGAAAACUGUAUUGGUUUUAUCAAGAUGGUUUCUGAAUCUCAUGCUGAAGUUAGAGUUGUGGUGGCCAAUAUGUUUGGUUUGGUGAUUAUUUUCUUAUUCUUCUUUAUGUAUUUUGAUGAUUUCUCCAAAGAGAUUCUCAGUGAAGUUCAAGUUAGUCAAAUCUGGAUGUACCUGCAUUUCCCGCUCCAUUUGUGUCAAGUGGCCUAUGGUAUUGCUAUGACGGAUAUCAUCACGGCAUAUAGAUUGAAACUCGAUAUUCCUGAAAAUGCAGCCCUGGCUUUCCAUGAACAAUGUCAACAAUUAGAACAUUCAACAACACAAGCACCAACUCAACAUGCAGCAUUCACUUUGGUAGAAUCCUUGACUAGAUCCUUGAUGAUGGCAUCGACUGAAGCUGUAACUAGUGAAAGUACAUCUUCUGAUUUACUUAGUGCAUGCGAAGAACUCGGCGGAAACAGCGAUGGUUUAGAUUAUGUUUACAAGGCGUUUUGGAUUACAGGUGGACUUAUCUUAUGUAUCAAUGCAUUGAUCAAGCUAGUGAACACGCCUGUUAGAGCAAAAUGGUCGCGACUUAUUUGUGGUUCAAGAUUCCUGAAUGCUAUUGUCUUUUUCGGUUUGUCAGCUGCUUCUUUCUCUAAUUUUAAUGGUUUAGGAAUGCUUGGUAUCAUGUUGGCUUGUUUGGUGUUACAAUCUUCCAUUGAUCUUCUUGAUUAGUUAGUCAUAUUCUUUAUUCUAGUAUUUAUACUCCCCCCCAUCCAUACACCUUGUAUUUAUACCUUAUAGCUUUAGACAAUGAUGGUACAUGAAAAAUCAAUUGUACCAUUCUUUUUUUUUUUAAAAAAAUUAAAUUCAUUUUCUUCUUCUUUGAAAAAUAAAAAAACUCUUUAUGUUUCAAUACGGAAAACAUAUCCUACAUCAUU